AUGCUUAAUGUGAACUCAAAGAGUGGUAUGACAUUGUACAGUACUAGAUAAUCAACAGUUAAUGGUACUGGAUAAAAUAUAUUGUUAUGGGAUCAAAUGUUUGGAAAUUUCUAAAACACUCUAAAAUAGAAAAAUUAGAUAAAUAAAUCUCAAAAAUAUGCUAAUGAUCCUAUCUUCUAUUCAUCUCCAUUGAAUUAAGCAAAUCCUUUAUAAUUCAAUGAAAAACUCAGAUAAGGAUUUCGAUAAUAUUUGAAUGGAGAACUUUCUGCUUUGAAUUUAGUAAAUGAAUGUAAUCAUUUAAACAGAAAAGAAACUAAACUAAAAAAUAGAAUUAAACUUGUAAAACGAGCUAAUAUGUUUGCUAACUAAUUACAAAUAACAAAUAAAUAUAAAUCUUUACAUUAAUAAGGAUUAACUGAUUAAGAGAUAGAAAAGAAAGUCAAAGUUUUAUAAAGAUUUGAAAAAAUAAAGAAAUUAAUACAAAAAAAUCAAGAUACUAAACCUAUUGAAGAUACUAAUCUCAAAGAUGUGUAACUUUUUAGACAACUCUAUGAGGUUAGUGAAAAGAAUAAAUAUAAGUUUAAAUAAAAGAAUCUCAUAACAGAUAGAACAGAUGGAUAAAGAGAAUAUGAAAAUGUUAAUUAUUUUACACAUAGAUAUCUUAGAGUUAAGAGAGAUGAUGAAUAAUUAAAAUAAAACAAAGAAUCAAAAUAAGAUUAAGAUAUUUUUAAUAAAUAAAAAGUAAGGGAUAUAAUAGAUUAAAGAUUAAGAGGAUUUAUGUAUGAAAGAGAAUAAUAAGAAUAAUAGCUUUUAAAUAAGGCAAAGAAGAGAAUGUUAAUGAAAAAUACUUAAUUUAAAGAAUAUGAAUAGGAUAGAUAUGUUUUAAAUGAUCCAUUAAAUAAAGAUGUCAAACUAUAUGCUUAUUUGUUUGUAAAACCAAAAGAAAAUAAGAAAUUAAAUGAAAUUAAUCAAAAAACAUUACCUGUAACUAAAAGAAUAAAAUAAUCUAAACAUUAUUUGAAAAACUUUAAAAAAUAAUUAACAUCUCGCUCAGCAAGUAUGACAAAUGAUUCUUCCCUAAAUUCAAUACUAGAAAUUAAUAUUGAUAAUUUGUAUAAAGCUAGUAAUCAAAUUUAAUCUUAGAUUCUAUCAAACGAUUAAGAAAAGUUCGUAAAAAGAAUCAAAUAACUAUAGAAAGUAUAAUAACUUAAUUAAGAAAUUCUUAAGAUGAAUCAAUUAAAACUAUCUUCUAAACGUAAAUCAUUUUUAAUUUGA